AUGCCACUCCUGACAGAGGCUCCGGCCUUGGUUAGGAGGAUGAGGGACGAGAAUAUAGAUGCGAGUCUACGGUGGACUCCCAUCAUACAGCCCGAUAAUACCCCGAUCUCGCAGGAACAGCUUGCCGCAGAGGUCAAAGGUAUCUACGCUGGGCUUGUGAUGGUAAAAGCUAAGUGCAUCAACAUUGAUGCUGCUCGAGCCGCCGACCCUAGCUCGCAAUUGGGACCAGAGCAAUGGCAAGCACUGAUUGCCCUCCACCGGACUCUACUAUAUAAGCACCACGACUUCCUCACGGCGACCCAGCAUCCGUCUGCUACACAUGCCUUACGAAGGCUGGCGGCCAGUUACCGCAUGCCUGCCAGGAUGUGGAAGCACGGCAUCCACGCUUUCCUGGAGGUGCCUCGACAUCGCAGGCCUGAAAGUCAAGAAUACAUACUAGCUUUCAUCUAUUUGGCUUAUCAAAUGAUGGCAUUGCUGUACGAGACCGUUCCCGAGUUUACCGACACGUGGAUAGAGUGCUUGGGAGACCUGGCACGCUAUCGCAUGGCAGUUGAGGAAGAGAAAGAGGCGCAUGCGACCUGGGGUGGAGUUGCAGCUCGCUGGUACACUGCAGCAGCCGAACAUCGCCCUGCAAUUUGGCGACUAUACCACCAUCUUGCCAUUUUGGAGCGACCCAGCUUACGAAAGCUUUGUAUGUACACAAAGUCUUUGACUUGUGUUCUGGGGUCCUCGAACAUGCGGGAAUCUUUUGCGGCCCUCCGCGAGCCGUUACUUCAAGAGCAAAACAUCCAAUAUGCCGGAGCUCGCAUCGCAACAAAUCGCACAAUAAUAUACACACGGAGCCAUGACCACACAGUCGGCACAGUUCACUCGAACGCAUUGCAGUCACUUCAUAAACAGCCUGAUAGGCUCCACGGGAUUGGGAGUUUCUUUACUGUCCCGAUCAUGGCAGCACUUUUCGAGCUGGACUGCGAUCCCAACAUAUGGUCAACAUUGGCGACAUUCCUGAAUACCAUCAUAAAAUCUUCUGUUGUACGGGUACCAAUCUGCGGUGCAACUUUUGAUCCCCAGGGCGCUGAACUAGAAUGGCGCCCUCUCAGUGAAGACUAUCUAACCCAAGGGGUCGACGACGAGAAUCACCUGUACGUGGUGUCGGCUACGAACCUCUCGUCUUGCUACGAGAGAGCCAAGUAUUCUCACGCUGGAGCGUCGUGGGCGCGACGGGCGCGCAACGCAGGCGAAGCCGCGGCGAACAGAGGACUACCAGCAAAACGGGUAUAA